GAGAAAGCUCUCACCAAGCUAAGGAAGUGAGCUCCCAGACCAUGCCUUUAAAAAUUUUCAGCUUGAUAACUUAGUCCUCAAGAUUACUAGGUUUCUCUUCCCCCACCCCUCAGUUAGUGUGUGCGAACAAGAAUUCUUUUGAAUUCCCAGGAGGAGAAUGAGUUUGACUGGUAAAAGUUUUCCUAAUAGGAUACCUAAUACUGUGGCUCUUAGAACUAGCUACAAAGAUAUUUCAUAUGUUUAUGUCUAAUAAUGGGUAAUUUUGGUUUGGAUUUAUGUCAUUUUGUCUCAGCAUCACAAUUUUUGAAAAAUUAGUUCAAAGAGAAAAAAAAAAAAGAAAAACCAUGGUAAACAUUGCUCAGUCUCAUACUCCUACCCUCUCUAUGCUAAAACAGGAAAUGCAUUUCUGACACUUAAAACGAGCAAUCGCACGUAUAAUCAACUUGGUUAAAACUUCCUUCCUGGUAACUGCAACACUUCCUCUGCAUCUGGAUAUGAAGGGAGCCCCAGAAAAGCGGAAGAAUUUAGACGCACACUGGAUAGGUUUGAAUUUGUUUUGUUUUCAAAAAUUAAACAAAUGAUCCUUCAGCAUCAUCGCCUCUGCUGCUUUAUCAGGUCGCAUAGGGCAUGGAGCUGGAGAACUAUGAACAGCCCGUGGUGCUGAGAGAGGACAACUGCCGCAGGCGCCGGAGGAUGAAGCCGCGCAGUGCUGCGGCCAGCCUGUCCUCCAUGGAGCUCAUCCCCAUCGAAUUCGUGCUGCCCACCAGCCAGCGCAAAUGCAAGAGCCCCGAAACGGCGCUGCUGCACGUGGCCGGCCACGGCAACGUGGAGCAGAUGAAGGCCCAGGUGUGGCUGCGAGCGCUGGAGACCAGCGUGGCGGCGGACUUCUACCACCGGCUGGGCCCGGACCACUUCCUCCUGCUCUAUCAGAAGAAGGGGCAGUGGUACGAGAUCUACGACAAGUACCAGGUGGUGCAGACUCUGGACUGCCUGCGCUACUGGAAGGCCACGCACCGGAGCCCGGGUCAGAUCCACCUGGUGCAGCGGCGUCCGCCCUCCGAGGAGUCGCAAGCGUUCCAGCAGCAGCUCACCGCGCUGAUCGGCUAUGACGUCACUGACGUCAGCAACGUGCACGACGACGAGCUGGAGUUCACGCGCCGUGGCCUGGUGACCCCGCGCAUGGCAGAGGUGGCCAGCCGCGACCCCAAGCUCUACGCCAUGCACCCCUGGGUGACGUCCAAGCCCCUCCCGGAGUACCUGUGGAAGAAGAUUGCCAACAACUGCAUCUUCAUCGUCAUUCACCGCAGCACCACCAGCCAGACCAUUAAGGUCUCGCCCGACGACACCCCCGGCGACAUCCUGCAGAGUUUCUUCACCAAGAUGGCCAAGAAGAAAUCUCUGAUGGAUAUUCCCGAAAGCCAAAGCGAACAGGAUUUUGUGCUGCGCGUCUGUGGCCGGGAUGAGUAUCUGGUGGGCGAAACGCCCAUCAAAAACUUCCAGUGGGUGAGGCACUGCCUCAAGAACAGAGAAGAGAUUCACCUGGUGCUGGACACGCCUCCAGACCCGGCCCUAGACGAGGUGAGGAAGGAAGAGUGGCCGCUGGUGGACGACUGCACGGGAGUCACCGGCUACCAUGAGCAGCUUACCAUCCACGGCAAGGACCACGAGAGUGUGUUCACCGUGUCCCUGUGGGACUGCGACCGCAAGUUCAGGGUCAAGAUCAGAGGCAUUGAUAUCCCCGUCCUGCCCCGGAACACCGACCUCACGGUUUUUGUAGAGGCAAACAUCCAGCAUGGGCAACAAGUCCUUUGCCAAAGGAGAACCAGCCCCAAACCCUUCACAGAGGAGGUGCUGUGGAAUGUGUGGCUUGAGUUCAGUAUCAAAAUCAAAGACUUGCCCAAAGGGGCUCUACUGAACCUCCAGAUCUACUGCGGUAAAUCUCCAGCACUGUCCAGCAAGGCCUCUGCAGAGUCCCCCAGUUCUGAGUCCAGGGGCAAAGUUCAGCUUCUCUAUUAUGUGAACCUGCUGCUGAUAGACCACCGUUUCCUCCUGCGCCGUGGAGAAUACGUCCUCCACAUGUGGCAGAUAUCAGGGAAGGGAGAAGACCAAGGAAGCUUCAAUGCUGACAAACUCACGUCUGCAACUAACCCAGACAAGGAGAACUCAAUGUCCAUCUCCAUUCUUCUGGACAAUUACUGCCACCCGAUAGCCCUGCCUAAGCAUCAGCCCACCCCUGACCCGGAAGGGGACCGGGUUCGAGCAGAAAUGCCCAACCAGCUUCGCAAGCAAUUGGAGGCGAUCAUAGCCACUGAUCCACUUAACCCUCUCACAGCAGAGGACAAAGAAUUGCUCUGGCAUUUUAGAUAUGAAAGCCUUAAGCACCCAAAAGCAUAUCCUAAGCUAUUUAGUUCAGUGAAAUGGGGACAGCAAGAAAUUGUGGCCAAAACAUACCAAUUGUUGGCCAGAAGAGAAGUCUGGGAUCAAAGUGCUUUGGAUGUUGGGUUAACAAUGCAACUCCUGGACUGCAACUUCUCAGAUGAAAAUGUAAGAGCCAUUGCAGUUCAGAAACUGGAGAGCUUGGAGGACGAUGAUGUUCUGCAUUACCUUCUACAGUUGGUCCAGGCUGUGAAAUUUGAACCAUACCACGAUAGCGCCCUUGCCAGAUUUCUGCUGAAGCGUGGUUUGAGAAACAAAAGAAUUGGUCACUUUUUGUUUUGGUUCUUGAGAAGUGAGAUAGCCCAGUCCAGACACUAUCAGCAGAGGUUCGCUGUGAUUCUGGAAGCCUAUUUGAGGGGCUGUGGCACAGCCAUGCUGCAUGACUUUACCCAACAAGUCCAAGUAAUCGAGAUGUUACAAAAAGUCACCCUUGAUAUUAAAUCGCUCUCUGCUGAAAAGUAUGACGUCAGUUCCCAAGUUAUUUCACAACUUAAACAAAAGCUUGAAAACCUGCAGAAUUCUCAACUCCCCAAAAGCUUUAGAGUUCCAUAUGAUCCUGGACUGAAAGCAGGAGCGCUGGCAAUUGAAAAAUGUAAAGUAAUGGCCUCCAAGAAAAAACCGCUGUGGCUUGAGUUUAAAUGUGCUGAUCCUACAGCCCUAUCAAAUGAAACAAUUGGAAUUAUCUUUAAACACGGUGAUGAUCUGCGCCAAGACAUGCUUAUUUUACAGAUUCUACGAAUCAUGGAGUCUAUUUGGGAGACUGAAUCUUUGGAUCUGUGCCUCCUGCCAUAUGGUUGCAUUUCAACUGGUGACAAAAUAGGAAUGAUCGAGAUUGUGAAAGAUGCCACGACAAUUGCCAAAAUUCAGCAAAGCACAGUGGGCAACACGGGAGCAUUUAAAGAUGAAGUCCUGAAUCACUGGCUCAAAGAAAAAUCCCCUACUGAAGAAAAGUUUCAGGCAGCAGUGGAGAGAUUUGUUUAUUCCUGUGCAGGCUACUGUGUGGCAACCUUUGUUCUUGGAAUAGGCGACAGACACAAUGACAAUAUUAUGAUCACCGAGACAGGAAAUCUAUUUCAUAUUGACUUCGGGCACAUUCUUGGGAAUUACAAAAGUUUCCUGGGCAUUAAUAAAGAGAGAGUGCCAUUUGUGCUAACCCCUGACUUCCUCUUUGUGAUGGGAACUUCUGGAAAGAAGACAAGCCCACACUUCCAGAAAUUUCAGGACAUCUGUGUAAAGGCUUAUCUAGCCCUUCGUCAUCACACAAACCUACUGAUCAUCCUGUUCUCCAUGAUGCUGAUGACGGGAAUGCCCCAGUUAACAAGCAAAGAAGACAUUGAAUAUAUCCGGGAUGCCCUCACAGUGGGGAAAAAUGAGGAGGAUGCUAAAAAGUAUUUUCUUGAUCAGAUCGAAGUUUGCAGAGACAAAGGAUGGACUGUGCAGUUUAAUUGGUUUCUACAUCUUGUUCUUGGCAUCAAACAAGGAGAGAAACAUUCAGCCUAAUACUUUAGGCUAGAAUCAAAAACAAGUUAGUGUUCUAUGGUUUAAAUUAGCACAGCAAUCAUCGAACUUGGAUUUCAAAUGCAAUAGACCAUUGCGAAAGCUGGCAUUUCAGAAGUAUAGCUCUUUUCCUACCUGAACUCUUCCCUGGAGAAAAGAUGUUGGCAUUGCUGAUUGUUUGGUUAAGCAAUGUCCAGUGCUAGGAUUAUUUGCAGCUUUGGUUUUUUCUCAUUUGUCGGUGGCAUUGGAGAAUAUUCUCGGUUUAAACAGACUAAUGACUUCCUUAUUGUCCCUGAUAUUUUGACUGUCUUACUAUUGAGUGCUUCUGGAAAUUGUUUGGAAUAAUUGAUGACAUCUAUUUUCAUCUGGGUUUAGUCUCAAUUUUGGUUAUCUUUGUGUUCCUCGAGCUCUUUAAAGAAAAAGAUGUAAUCAUUGUAA